AAUGUGACCACGACGUAUUUGCGUAAUAUCCAUUUCAGAAUGACGAAAAUCGCAUAGAUACUGUGUGCUUCAAUCGGUGGAAAAUGUAUAUCAGCCUUUAAGAUUGUGAUUCACUAUUUAGAGGCCAUGUGUAUGCCAUCUUUCAAAUUUCUUUAACAAUGAUUCUACGAGUGACUAUCAUUGAUAAUAGUCAGACUUAUUUUUAGGAAGCUGUAUUUUGUUUUGCUUACAAAUUUACAGCUUCUUGUAAUGCAGCUGGAUACAUUUAGUGAUUGAAAUAUGGAUUCGCAAGAACAACAUUCAACCGAUUUCAUUAAUGUUAAUCCCGAAUCAAGUUCUAUGUCAAAAACUGAAUUUGAAAAUCUUGGUUUUAUUAUUGACAAUGGCAAGCCCAAAUUUAAAUUGGAUGAACCUAUAUCUACAAAUUUUCUUCCAAAUGUUGAAUUAACUAAGUCGGAGACUUCUCUUGAUGACAGCGAUACGUUAUCUUUUGUCAUACUGGGAAAGAAAUCAUUGGAUUCUAUACAAGCUUCGUCUUUAGCAACAUACUCAGAUAUUCAACAAAAAUGCAUGUCUAUUGAUUAUAAUUCAAUAAUAUCAUCUUUAAAUUCUUCUGAAAUACAAGAAAAGUUAACAGAAUUAUUACAAGAGAAUGUCAAAUUAAAAGAAACAUUAAAACAAAAUACUGUAGCUAUGAAACAACAAUUUAACACUUUAGUGACAUGGCAAGAGGAGGUAAUGAAUGUUCACAAACAUCACAAGCAAAAGUUCACAGAAACCAGACAAUUGAUCAAUAUUCUUAAACAAGAGAAUGCUGAAUUGAAAUUAAAACUUUGUGCUGUAAAUGCAGAUGACACAAUAGUUGACAAUACAAAGGAAUUUAGUAAUUCUCUUGUAAAAGAAUUUGGUAAUUCGAUUCAUUUAAAUCAGCUACAGGACAAAAUAUCCUCUUUGACGGAUGAAUUACAUAACUUUAAAUCCAAUUGUGCAAAAUUAUCUGAAGAUGUUGAAAAAUAUAUCAGUCUUCCAAGCAUGACGAAUAUACAAUUGAAAGAAACAACUUGCACGACAGAAAAGCAAAAUCCUAAAACAAAAGAACUUGAAGAGCAACAUCUUGAAAUGAAUAAACUUGAAGAGCAAAAUGUUAAAAGAAAUGAACCUGAAGAGCAAAAUUCUAAAAUAAAAGAACUCGAAGAACAAAAUCUUAAAGAAAAUAAAGUUGAAAUGGGUAGUAGUACAGAUCAAGUUCAAAUUAAAGAAAUAAGUCAGCUUAAUAGUUCGCUCAAAGAUGAAAUACAGUUGCUACAUAGUUCCAUAAAUCUUAAUAUGAAACAAAUGUCAGAUCACAUAAUAUCUCCACAAAGUCAUUAUUUUACACAAAGUAUAAAACAAUAUGGAGAAAUGUUACAGGAAGUAACUGAUUGUUUCAUUGCACAAAUUAGUCGGUAUUCUGCUAUACAAAAAUGUAUAAAGGAUUGCAUAAAUAUAUUAGAUGCUUGUGAAACUAUAAAAUUACCUGAACAAUGUGAAAUGGUUGAAAAAAACUGGUCAUUACAACUUGAACAACUACAAAUUUACAAAGAUAAAUUAUCUAUCUAUCAGAAAACGUUGCACGAAGAACAAUUGAAAUUAAUAAUCGAUAGACAAAAUUUUAUUAAGAUUCAGAACCAAUUUCAGAAGAUAUUUUCUGAUUAUAAUUCUAUUUUGUAUGAAUUACAAAUGAUGUCAGAAGAAAACAUUAGAUUAAAUAUAAUGAAAGAUCACAUCUCUAAGGAAAGUUCACAAAAAAUAACUGAAUUAGAGAAACAUAAAAAUGAAAAUGAACAAAAAUUUAAUGAUAUUAAAACUAUUCUAGAGCAAGAAAGAGAAACUUGGAGUGAACAAAAAAAGUUAUUUGAUAAUCUUAGAAAAAGUUUAAAUAUGGAAUACAAACGCCUGAUUGAUCAAAAAGAAAUGCUCUUUAGUUUACACGAGGAAAAAGCAUUAGUGGACAAACAAUGUCAAUUACAUAAGAGUAAUGAAGAACUUUUACAAACAGAGAAAGAAACAUUGGAACAAAAUUAUAAACAAUUAAUUGCAGAUGCAGAUGCUUUACGUAUUCAAUUAGAAGAGAAAGAAAAUGCUCUUACACAACUUACUGUGAUUAAUAAAGAACAAGAUAAAGAACUAAUGCAACAAAAAAAUGAAAUAGAGCUUUUGAAAAUACAAAUAUUGUAUUAUGAAGAAGAUUUCAAUUCUGAGAAAAGAGCUAAAGAGGAACUAUCAGUUGAAAAAAAUCAACUACAGAGAGAAUUAGAAAUUGCUUAUAGGAAAAUAGGACAUUUACAUCAUCCAGAUUUAGAAUAAAAGUCAAAUUUUGCAA